CCAAAAAUGUGCCUGUAACAAACACCCAUCAAGAAGUCAAAGCACCCCUAUCAACUUCUCGAUCGACGACCCGCUCAAGAAGGAACGCUUACGGGAUUCAUCCUAUCUUUCCAGUACCCAUUGAACUUGAACAUAAAGAUAACCAGGAUUCAUGCCCACAUGGUCACGUUGUGCGAUUAUCAGAUUGUGCAUCUACCUCGAUACGUGCCAGUCCAAAGUCCCCUGCACCUCCGCCUCAUUCCCCGGUUCAAUUGAGUUGCGGCUUUGAGUUUGAUGAUUCGGUUAACGAUCCUGACGCCGAUCUUGUUACUUUGUUGGCUAAUGAACCUAUCACUGGAUGUGUUGUAAGGAUGCAAAGAUAUUCAAGAGAUUACGGAAACCCUGCAUUGGUGAAUAAGCGCAGCAGUCUUUCUAUAGGGGAUUCAUCCAACUUCGCACUCCCGGUGGCUACGUACUCCACUUUCAAGUGUCCACACUCUACCUCUUGUGAUUAUUCACGUUCUCCACCCUCGACGUUGAUGCGAUCAUAUGAUACCGUUAGUCGGAACGGGGACGAGUAUCUUUGCAUGCUGUACGAAAGGCACGCCCAAGUCACCUCGGAAAUGGACACAUUGAAAGCUGAAUUAUUGCAACUAAUGCGAGAAGAAUGGACACUCACCGGUGUCGUCCCUGAUGGCUACGAGGCCCUGCAAUCGCAAGUGCAGCGCUGCACUCAACCCAUCAAAAAUACUUCUUUUAGGUUGCCGCGUUCUGUGCUUCAGCGGGCUAGCACAAUCGCAGCCUGCAGACAGCGACCCGCGUUGAAACGUUGCAGUCAAACUUCGGUUCCCGAUUCCACUAGCUACAGGCCACCUGAAUUGGUACCUCGACCACUGGACCAGCCAAAUGCAACAGCUCUACCUGAUAGACACGGCGAUGAAGCUAAGUUCUUCACCCCCUUAUCGUCAGAAGUCCUCGUUGACCCCAACACUGUUGCACCACAUCCAGUGAACCAAACACCGCAUCAUCAGUCCUUUUCUCCAGACGCUUUUCCCGUAUCCAGUGACGUGCAAGCAGAUUCGUCAACUGCGUCAGCAGUCUGUCAAAACGUGACAUCAAUCAGUCCUGGUGCAAUGGGCGUUACGAACAUCACACAUUCGGAGUACGGUUUCACAAAAUCAAACAGCAAUUUCGAUCCUCGCCUGAGCUUGUUCGAGGAGGAAAUAUCUAUCGAGCGGGCUGCCGCGGAAUUACACCUAAGACGACUGGAAGUUGAUCAUGCGGUUAUUUCACAUCUACACAGAGUACACAAACAACGAGCAGCUGAAACAAAACGGGAAGCAUACAAAAUUGCCUACAGAACUAACUAUCAGAAGCUGAGGGAAAUUGAAGAGCAAAUGAAACAACUUCGGGCGGAACUGGACCAAAGCCCUACCUCAAACGUUCCCGAAAAUGGGAUCAGUUCAUCUAACUGUGCGUUCCGCACAAGGAAAACCUGGAAACCUCUAUGCAACAGGGCAAAGAAUUGGGCAUUGGCUACUCUGCCCAGGCGUUCGUCCACUUGUCUUUCCCCAGCAAAGUCAAACUAUCGUUCUUGGGACACUGUGUCUUCGCCUUGCAGCCCCAAUGUUCGAACUGCAAGCAUGCGCUAUGUUCCUCAACCACCACCAAGUUUAGUUUCCGGAUCGAUAUCUUUAUCCACCUCAGGAACCAGUAGUAUCGUUUCAAGUGGCAUAGCAGAGUCAAUAGAAGAUCAGCCUUACCCAAUCAGAGCUCCAAGACGUCGUCGACAGUCCCUGCUGCCGCUGCUCCGGAUUUUUAAACACUCAAAGCAUACUUCAUCGGCGAGUGAGAGAGUUGAUGAAGCAUGCACAACUUUUGAUCUCCAGUUGGUAUCGGAACUACCACACCAUGCCGGAUCAACUAGUUGCUGGAAGACGGAUCAUGGUGGGAGCUUACACUGUGCAUCAGAACAACAAAGAGUUGCAACAACCGAAAGAAAUUUGUUCUCAUCCUCUCAACAGACUCAAAACUGCAUUGGACAGACAAGGAAAGGCGAUGAACCCGGGGGAUUGUGUCACUCACAGUUUAACGAUACAAAGCCGAACUAUUCAUCUGGUGGCAUUUUCGAUGUGAAACAGCUUCAUUUACCUUCUUACUCGCACGAAAGAUGUGGCAGACUUAGGUACUCGACUUCCGCGUCAAGUGUUAUCGAGCGUAAUCAGUUCGGCUGGACUGCUUUUGAUCACACGCGACAUGAAGUUGCGAGGACAUGGUCUCUUCCCAUACUUAGCCCCUUGAAUGAUAGCGGGGAAAUCCAUAUCCAUGGAUAUGGUGAUACUUUCCGUCUGGGCUCUAGAACUAUCGGGGACGCAUAUUCCAGCAAAGCUUUUAGACAAUGGAGUCUUAAAGAGAAAACGACAUCGUUUAAACCAAUUUGGGCGUCAGAUCCUCCGAAUUCGCCGAUUUCCAUCUCGUCUGUACAACAUCUCACCUCAGUCGUAGCAGCAAGAAAGGACACACCAACUCAUGUAACAUCACAGGAUCCCAAAAACGUUUCCCCCAGUUGGUCGACCUCCGGAUGUUCAUGCAUGUCAUCGCAAACUGCUGGCUCGACUUCCCCUUGUGAUUCCGGAUGUUUCGCAUCUUCAAAGGCGACGGAUUCCGCGAUUGGGCUUUAUUCUUGUCAGUCACUGAAGAGCGACACACCUACGGCCGCAUUCCAGUCCGUCCCGUCAGCUUCACGGUGUCCUUCGUCAGGCUUACCGGUGAAACUUCGUGAGCCCUGUGAUCGAGGUCGACGUGUGGUCACAUGCGACCGGGGCGCAUCGUCAACGACUGAGUCGGAAGCAUUUGGGUCCACGUUCCAUGUGAAGUGCAUUUGCAGUUGCAUUUCUGAACUCUUAAUUCCUGAGGGCAACUCUCAUAGUUGCCAUAAAAAUACCUUACCUAAUGGGACUACUACGUAUCCAAUACUGAAUUCCCCAGAUAUGCAGCAUGACAUUGUUCCAUCAAACAAUUAUGCUGUGCCUGACAAAGCGCAUACUGGUUCUUCUGGUUCCUGUGAUGUUACCUUAAUUCGUUCUCCACUUGCGACUGCGUCCUCAAUUUCUAGCGUCACUGAUGCUUCGCCCAUUUCAUGUACAGAUCAGAAACUUCAUGGCAUCAGUUCUCGGAAUAAGCAUGAAACUACUCCCAGUAGAAAAAGAUCGACUUCGGAUUCCAAGUCGGUUUCAUUCUUUCGACGUGCAGUGACUCGUAUUGCAUCCACUAGAGACUCCAUGCGAUGUCAUGACUUCUCAUCAUCCAGUUUGUACAGGCGACGACGAUUCACAGGACCCCGAGUUGUGCCAUCUCUGCUCACCAGAAAACAUUCGGAAUUCAGGGAAUUUUUUAAACUAGGUCGCCAUGAAUAUGAAACAGAUGGAAAUCAUCCCAGUCAAAAUGUCCCCGCGCACUCACUUCUAAACACACCCGUAACCUCAAACGCUUUAUCGCCAAAGUGUGCACGGGUUGGGAGCAUACGAUUUUCUGCCCGUUACUCACGUCGAAAGUCAAACACGUUAUCCAGGCAUGGCAAGCUUGAGUAAAACAGGACCCAGCAGGGCUUGAAACUCCCAAACGUCAAGCAACAAACGAUGCAAAAGGUUUGCGUCAUCUUCGAUCUCAAGAAGGACGGCCGAGAUUCAGUGUUCAGUGGAUGCGAACUGCGGCUACGUGAAGAUAUCAGACUAGUUUACAAAAUGCUGAAUGACCCCAACCUAGUAUGCCGACACCUUGUUUAACUGCGCCCGGAAAUCAAACUCAGGCAAUAGCCAGGAAAUCGGUCAAAAGAACAGCCGUAUAGAUUGUCAAUAAACUAAGAUUUGAUUACGAGUCUGCCAGCCUUGGAAGACCCUCUCCAAUACAUUUGUUCGUGUUCCCAUCUUAGACGUUUAACAAAAAAGGAUUGUAAAUAACAUUGAGCUCCCUACACUUUGUUAUUUGAAUAGAUGUUUUUGAACGGUAAAUACCAGUGCCGCAUAUAAUGCUGUGCAGACGGGUGAGCAAUCCAAUCGUUAGUUGCUAUUAACAUUGACCUUAACAAGUUGUUAAUCCGUUUCGCAUGGCACCUACCACUCCACA